CGCCUAGUAAACAGCUGUUUGUGUACAACACAAAACAAAAAGUCGGCAGAAAAUACAAUAAAAUCGGAGAAACUUAGUUAAAUUUUUACAAUUCGCCAUAAAAGCGAUACGUCCACAAAAAUGUCCUCAAAUUUUAGAUAUACAAUGGUGCGCACCGUACGUCCUUAUGUUAAAUAUUUUCCGCAAUUAACAAAACCGGUACUUCGGGUGCUUAUUAAAGUUUCUGUACAUUAUCUGGAGAGUUCCAAGUGUUCACCGGAAGAAUUAGACUUGGAGUUGACUAAACUUACACAUUCGGGUCAAGACAUUCCAGACAACUUUUGUGAAUUGUUCGCCGCUGUGCUGCAAAUUAUGCAAAUAUUUUUGCGUACGCCAAAGGGUAUUGUUAAAGACCACGAACUACGAGACUGCCUUAAGGAACUGAGAUUUACUGAUGAAUGCGUUGAAGACUUGAGCAAAGUACUGUACAACCAUCGUGCCUCGUUGACAAAGAAUUUCAUUGAGGCCAAGAAAACACGUUCCAAUCCGAAGAACCUACAAUGGCGCAUUAACAUAUCACUAGGAGAGGGCACAUGUAAUGGCAGUAUCAAUGCGCCGACUAUUAUAUUGCAUUUUCAACUACCCGAUGGUCGUUACCGCACACUGGAAUUUCCACUGUCAAUGUUUCAUCAACUACGUUAUAAUGUGGCGUUGCUACUGAGUGAAAUGCAAGCACUUGAAAGUCGCGCUGUCAUGAAGAAAUUCUAAGUUCCAAUUAUUAAACUAUAUGGAACAUUGUAUUUGAAAUUUGAAUGCUCAAUUAGGCAAUUGUGCCAUUUGUAAGAUUGGAUCUUGACUAUAUAUUGGAACAAGUAUAUAAUAUUUUGUAUUGCUACGCAUUAAUGUGGAUCUCCAUACAAAGCGAAGCAUUUUAUCUGUCUAAUAUUUGUUGCGUUAUUUACCAAUGUAUUACAAAAGUAUUUAAUGUAGCUUUGUUAGUAAAGGUGUUCAAUGUAAUGUUAUUAAAUUGUUAUAGAAGUUGCGACAAUUAUUGUUAUAGCAAUUGGUGUCUGCGUGAUUAAAAUGUAAUUCGGUAACAGAGUUGUGCAAAUAAUGUUUUCAAUAAUAUAUAUAUUCAUAGUAAAUAUAGACUUUUAGAUAGUAGGUUAAAUUAAAUUUACAUUAUACACGCAUAUUGAUGUGCAUAUGUGCUUUCUAUGUAUGUAACAAUAAAAAAAUUCAUUGUAUUGACAAAUUGGAAA